UCCAUAUGACGUAAUGUAAGGGUUUUAAAGAUUAUUUUCCCAAGGACUCGGCAAAGUUCAAGCCAUGGAUAGUUUGGGGUUUAUUCGGGUCCAGAUACCAAUAACAGUGUUAUUAUCGUGUAUGUUUACAUUGUCCUCCGGCAGCGAAAUGAAUUUUGUGACGUGCGGGUCAGUGGUAAAGCUGCUCAAUGUAAAACACAACGUCAGAUUACACUCUCAUGAUGUCCGAUAUGGAUCUGGUAGUGGUCAGCAGUCAGUGACAGGUGUGACCACAGUGGAGGACAGUAACAGUUACUGGAGUGUGCGGGGCACCACUCAAGCUGUAUGUCACAGAGGGACUCCUGUAAAAUGCGGUCAGAACAUUCGUCUCACCCACGUCAACACGGGCCGCAAUCUGCACAGCCACUACUUUACCUCUCCACUUUCUUCAAAUCAGGAGGUCAGUGCGUUUGGUGAGAAUGGCGAGGGUGACAAUCUUGAUGAGUGGACCGUUCUGUGCUCCGGCUCAGUUUGGAAGCGUGAGGAGUCUGUUCGGUUCCGCCACACAGCCACUGAGGCUCUGCUGUCUGUGACCGGUGAAGAGUACGGCAGACCUAUUCAUGGCCAGAGAGAAGUGCACGGAAUGAUGAUCAGCAGCCCUCACAGCUACUGGAGAACAAUGGAGGGCAUCUUUAUGAAACCGAGUGAAACUGGAUUCAGGGAUUUCAGCAGCCCACUACACACAGAGUUUUAGAGAAACAGUUUAUACAGUACAAGACCUGCUGGACUGUUUGUUUCGUUUAGUUUUGUUGUUUAACUCUAAAGUAAUAGUUCACCCGAAAAGAAACUUAUUUCAUCAAUUUACUCACUCAUCAUCUGUACUGUUACUGUAUGAUUUUCUUUCUUCUGUGCAACAUAGAAGGAAAUACUUUGUAGAAUGUUAGUUACUGUCAGUAUUCUUUGAAAUUACUCCUUAUGUUCCACUAAAGAAAGACAAUCAUACUGAUUUAAAAUGUGAGGGAAAGAAAAUAAUGACCAAUGUUUUAUUAUUGGGUGAACUGUUUCUUUUAUGUGCAAAAGUUGAUCAGAUUGUGCCUCGUUCUUAUUUUAACACUUGAAUUAUACAACGCUAUAUUGUAGUCAACAUACAGUAUAAUGCAGACUUAUGCAUUUCUUUCAUUGCUUUAAGCAAAAGUUUUUUUUGGUCUUAUUUUUGAAAGGUGGUGUUAUAUUUUCAAACUCAAUAGAUUUUAUAAUCACAGAGCGAAAGUUCAAUGUCAGUGUUUUAGCCUAACUUGUGGCUUGAACAUAUUGUGCUCAUCUAUUAGAAUAUUUAUUGAUUAUUGUAAUAUUUUAUAAAAAGCAUGGCCAUCUGUUUGUACCUCAUGGUAGCCUAAUACGUUUUCACACAGAAACCAGCUAAUGUAUUUCACUUGAAGAUUACAGGAUGCGCUUGAAGCUAGAUUUCCAGGAGGAGAACCGAGCACUCUUGCGCUAUGCUAACCUCAGAUUUAGAGGAAAACCUAUAAAACUGCUGGUAAAAGUAUUUCAUAAUACUUUUGGUACUUACGUUAGACUGGUUAUGUUUUUUAGGUAAGCUUGUAUCUUUAGAUAGAAGAAAUAAGGUGAUAUUCAGAAUGUACAUGUAAGUAUACUUUUUUUUUAAGUGACACUUAAAUUAAUGUCUGGUUUUAAAUGUAUAAACCAAAACAUAUUUUAAGAAGUGCCUUUUAUUGAGUAUAUAUUUACUCUAAUUAUUACAUAUAGUCUAGGUGCUGUACAGCUUAUGACACACCUUUAAUGCCAUUUGCACAAUGUGGUGUUUUGACUAUUAUUAUAUAUUAUAGAAUAAGAUGUCCUGUAAACCAUUAUUUUGUUUACAUAGUAAGAUGUUGUCAGUGUACAAUGUCACACAGUGUUAAUUUCUACACAUCUACAACGGAGAACACAGUUAAAUCAAUAAACAUGUUCAUGCUGGAAAACAGAUUUUUUAAUAUUU